AUGGCAAUGCAUAGGAGCACCUCCUCUUCAUCCCUCGGCCCCAGCGGCCUCGACUUGACACAAGCCUUCUUGAAGCCAAUCUUCAAUGCCGCGCCUCCAUCUUCCAUCAAACGUCACACCAAAAUCUCAGUAGUUGGGGUGGGGAACGUCGGCAUGGCCAUAGCCCAGACUAUACUCACUCAAGACCUUGCUGAUGAGCUUGCCCUCAUCGAUACCAAACCCGAGAAGCUCCGUGGUGAAAUGCUUGACCUCCAGCAUGCUGCGGCCUUCCUUCCACGCACAAAAAUUCAAGCCUCCCUCGAAAAUAUUGUGCCUCCGUUGGCUAAGUACUCUCCUGAUUGUAUAAUCUUGGUUGUUUCGAAUCCAGUGGAUGUACUGACGUAUGUUGAAUGGAAGCUUUCUGGGUUUCCGGUUAAUCGAGUCAUCGGAUCGGGCACCAAUUUGGACACGUCAAGGUUUCGGUUUUUGAUAGCGAAUCAUCUUGAUGUCAAUGCACAGGACGUGCAGGCUUUCAUAGUUGGAGAGCAUGGGGAUAGUUCAGUGGCACUAUGGUCAAGCGUAAGUAUAGGAGGAGUGCCGGUCCUUAGCUUCUUAAAAAGACAGAAAAUAGCCUAUGAAGUGGAAACUUUAGAAAAUAUUCACAAAGAAGUUGUACAAAGUGCAUAUGAAGUUAUAAGCCUCAAAGCUCACACAUCAUGGGCCAUUGGGUACUCUGUGGCUAGCCUGGAUAGGGCCAUACUCAGGGAUCAGAGAAGGGUUCACCCUGUCUUAGUUCUUGCAAAGGGAUUUCACGGGAUCGAAGAUGGUGAAGUUUUUCUCAGCCUACCGGCGCAGCUUGGCAGGAAUGGUGUCUUGGGAGUCACCAAUAUGCACCUUACCAACAAGGAGGCAGGGCGGCUCAGGGAAUCGGCUAAUACUAUUUUGGAAGUGCAAGGCCAGUUGAAAAUUUGA